UGUAUAACUUUAUUAAGGAGUAAAUAAUGGCGGAGCUGCCCGCGGGGAUCCGUCGGCUCAGAUGGCAGGACAGAAGCUGAGAGUUCCUGUUUGCUGCUGGACCGGGACCACUCUGCCGGGGACAUUAUCCCGCAACAUUAGAAUCGAUCAGGCUCUAUGCCGCAGGAAAUGUCCAGCGGAGGGAUGGACGGAUGGAUUGUGGUGCACGGAGAGAAGACGCGGAGAGCAAAAAGAGAAGAAGAGUGUUGGGCUCCUGAAAACAGGUCUCCUCUCCUCAUCAGGUGAAGCACUGUGAGCCCCUCUCCUCCCUCCCUCCUCCCCCACAGACGUCACCCACUACCCAAAAAUCCCUAAAUCCCACCAGGCCUCACUUGCCAAACCACAUCCGACAGCUGCCACUGGCCCUCCCUUUACCCCAUGGUGGUCCCAAGGCCCGCCCUCUCACUGCUAUUGGCUGUCCUGGCCUGCACGGGGCCAGCGCGCCCCUCGCCCCCCCUGCUGCUCCGGCCCCGGGAGAGAGAGAGGGACUCGGGUGGCGUCAACAUCGCCGUGGUCCACUCGGGCUCCUCCCUGUUCCCGGAGACGGCGGUGGUGGGAGGUGCGGGGGUCAGCGAGCCGGGGCCGGGGCUGGGAAACGGUCCAGGAGGAGGAGGAGGAGGAGGAGGAGGAAAGGGAGUAACGGAUACAGCUCUGUUGGAAGGAGUGGCUGCGAUGGCCUCAUUUUCCUCCUCCUCCUCGUCAACCCUGUCGCUGGCUGCGCUCGUGGGGGAAACGGUGAUGACGCCAUCGGGUCAGGCCAACGUCAUCUACCUGGCUGUGAAUGAGAGCAGCCCAGGCAGCCUGCUGCUGCAGCUGUGUGAGCUGCUGGCCACCACACCACUGCAGGGUUUGGUGUUUGAGGAGGAAAGACCGCCGCCGCCGAAUCGCGCCCCUCUGGCCCCCAUGCUGGAGUUUGUCUCCGCCCAGACGGGGGUUCCCGUGGUUGCCGUAGGGGGAGGGGCCAGCCUGGGACGAGAGCCACAGGAAAGCGGCUCCAUCUACCUCCAAUUCACCUGCUCCACCUCACUCCAGCUCGAGGUCAUCUUCGAGGUGCUUGAAGAGUACGACUGGACCUCCUUCUCUGUGGUGACCACCCGUCACCACGGCUACGAGGACUUCCUGGCCAUGGUGGAGGGUAUGACGGACGGUUCAUUCAUCGGCUGGGAAAAGAAGAGUGUGGUGAUUCUUAACGUGACAGAUGACCCCGGCGGAGCCCGAACCAAACGGCUGCUCAAAGACAACGAAGCCCAGGUCCGUCUGCUGUACUGCUCCCUGGAAGAGGCUGAGCUGGUUUUCCGGGCAGCCUGGGCAGCGGGUCAGGACGGGCCCAGUCACAUGUGGUUCGCCGUGGGACCUGCCCUGUCCGGUUUGGGCCUGGAGGGGCUGCCCAAGGCCUUGUUCGCAGUCCGGCCGCAGGGCUGGAGGGAUGAGCCACGCAGGCGCAUUGCCAAAGGCGUUUCAGUGCUCACCCACGGGGCAAUGGCUCUGCGGAGGGACCAGGGGUCCACCAGCCGGUCGCAGUACGCCGGCAACUGCCAGAGCGACGGCAACCAGACCCACCGAAUUCCAGACAGAAUCAGGUACUUCAGCAACAUAUCCAUUGGUGGACGGGACUAUUCUUUCAACAGUGAUGGCUACCUGUCCAAACCGCUGCUUGAUGUCAUCUCCUACACCAAUGGGAGAGGCUGGGAGGAGGUUGGCUGGUGGGAGAACGGCCACUUGCGUCUGCGUUACCAUCCCUGGUCUCGUUACGGCUCCUUCCUGAAGCCUCUGGAUGACUCCCAGCACCUCCGAGUGGUCACUUUGGAGGAGAGGCCCUUUGUCAUCGUGGAACCGGCUGACCCAGGCACCAGCUCCUGCAUCCGAGACUCCGUACCCUGUCGAAUGCCCAUCAACACCAGUUUGGUGGUGGAUGGCACCGGGCCCAUGAAGCACUGCUGCAAAGGGUUCUGCAUCGACGUCCUCAAGCGACUGGCAAAAAUUGUGGGUUUCACCUAUGACCUUUACCUGGUGACCAAUGGGAGGCAUGGGAAGAACAUUGAUGGGGAGUGGAACGGCAUGGUCGGAGAGGUGGUGUCCAACAGGGCUGACAUGGCCAUCGGUUCUCUCACCAUUAACGAAGAGAGGUCAGAGGUCGUAGAGUUCUCCGUUCCAUUCGUGGAGACUGGCAUCAGUGUCAUGGUUUCUCGCAGUAAUGGCACCGUAUCGCCUUCUGCUUUCCUUGAGCCCUACAGCCCGGCAGUGUGGGUGAUGAUGUUUGUGAUGUGCCUGUCGGUGGUGGCUGUCACCGUCUUCAUCUUUGAGUUCUUCAGCCCCGUGGGAUACAACCGCAGCCUGCAGAGCGCCAAGAAGUCAGGAGGAUCUAAGUUCACCAUAGGGAAGUCCGUCUGGCUGUUGUGGGCGCUGGUCUUCAACAACUCUGUGCCUGUGGAGAAUCCCAGAGGAACCACCAGCAAGAUCAUGGUGCUGGUGUGGGCCUUCUUCGCUGUCAUCUUCCUGGCCUCCUACACUGCCAACCUGGCUGCCUUCAUGAUCCAGGAGGAGUACAUUGACACGGUGUCAGGGCUGUCCGAUAAGAAGUUCCAGCACCCGACAGAGCAGUACCCACCGCUGCGUUUCGGCACAGUGCCAAACGGCAGCACAGAGGAGAACAUCCGCUCUAACUAUCCCAACAUGCACCAGUACAUGAUCCGCAACAACCAGAAGGGUGUGGAGGAGGCCAUUGAAAACCUCAAGACUGGGAAACUGGAUGCCUUCAUUUAUGACGCUGCGGUGCUGAACUAUAUGGCCAGAAAGGACGAGGGCUGCAAGGUGAUGACCAUCGGCUCUGGUAAGGUGUUUGCCACUACGGGCUAUGGCAUCGCCCUGCACAAGAACUCCCGCUGGAAACGGCCACUAGACCUGGCUCUGCUGCAGCUGGUUGGAGAUGAUGAGAUUGAUAUGUUGGAGCGUCUCUGGCUGUCGGGUAUCUGCCACAAUGAUAAGAUCGAGGUAAUGAGCAGUAAACUGGACAUAGACAACAUGGCAGGGGUCUUCUACAUGCUGCUGGUGGCCAUGGGCCUCAGCCUCCUGGUAUUUGCCUGGGAGCAUCUGGUGUACUGGAAACUACGGCACUGUGUAAAGCGAUCUGGCGGGAUGGACUUCCUCCUGGCUCUCAGCAGGGGGAUGUACAGUUGCUGCCAGUUUGAGGAUGAGACAGCACCAGGAGGCAGCAAAAGCUCGUUGCCCCAGUACCACACCAUGACCACCAUGCCUACAGCAGCUCAACAACACCUUGUUACAGCCACAAUAAAUAACACGACUGCCAUUGCCAUGGUACAGCAGCAUCAGCAGCAGAAGCACCACCAACAACAACAACAGGGGCAGACCUAUACCACCAUGCUACCCGGAUCGCCACCAACUACAGGACACUCAGCAAUGGCUCUGGGACCCUCAAACAGCCCCUUAAUGGAAGGACCCAUGCCCUGCUCCACCUUCCUGCCACGGCAUGACCGCAGACUUGCUGUGGUCGAUCGCUGGAACAGGCCAAAGCCAGAGAAAGUCAUGAGCGGAGGCAGUGGUGGAGGAGUGGGAGUUGGGGGGAUAGCAGGAGGGAUCAGUGAACUCCAGGCCCAGCAGCAGUAUCAGCAGAACCUUGGACAGCACUGGAACCUGCAAGGAGGAGUUGCAGGGGGAGGAGGUGACACGGGGCUAGAUGAAUAUAAGCGCUACUAUGGUCCUAUAGAUCCAGAGGGGCUAGGAGCUAAUUCGGACCAACAGGUAGGUGGGCCCCAGCAGACUCCCAAAGCUAAUCCUCGAGGCCCCAAAGCCUCUGGGAUGCCACGUCAGCCUCCUAAAGGCCCCCAACAAGGCCCAGGGCACUUAAUCUCCAAGCCACCUCCACCAAUUCCAUCUUCCCCACGAAGGCCUCCUUUCUGGCGACGAGGAAGCCUAGCUCAGGCAAGGAGAAAAGGCUCAGGAGGUCCCCUGUAUGAGAAUAUACUCCCUCUGGGGAGGCGAGGAGGUGGUAGGUAUGGAGCAAGUGAUGGAGGUGGAAGGAGAGGGCGACGUCCUCCUCCACCUCCUCCUCUGCCUGUCCCCCUUUCCUCCCCAACACACACCCCUACCACUCCCUCCUCCCCAUGCCGUUUCUACUCCUCUUGCUCCAGUGCCUCGUCCUCCUCCACUUCCUCUACAUCAUCUUCAUCCUCUUCUUCAUCCUCUGUCUCACUCUCUAGGUCAAAUUCCCCCUCCUCUUGCUCCAGUGACAGCUCCUACAACUCCUCACUGAGUUUCAGGUAUCGAGCAGGUGACCGGGACUUUAUGGUGGAUGACGAUUAUGACUCAGAUCUGCUUACAGAGGAGUCCAGUCUCCUCCUGGGGUCACGGAGGAAGAGUCGUUCACGCCGCAUGUCAUCACGCUCACUGCCGUGCAGCCCUCCACCUCCACCAAUCCCGCCCCGGAAGCCACGCCCUCAGAGAGAUUAUGGCAGAGAGAGAACAGGCAGUCAGCUGGCCCAAUUACAAGAGUGGUGGGCAUCGUGGGGUGACAGAGAGCGAGGGAGGGGAGGAACAACAAGCCGGGGAGAUGGAGGAGUGGGUAGAGAGGAGAAGAGGCACCACAAAGAGAGGGAGCAUGAGAGAAAGAGGAGGAAGAAGGGCAGAAAGAAGAAGAAGAGGGAGGAGAGGGAAAGAGAAAGGGAGCGAAAGCGGCGCAAAACAAAGAAGAAGAGGAAGAAAGAGGAUAAGAUAAGGAAGAGAGAGCGGAAGAGGUCCGAACAGGAGGGAGGAGAUGCUGAAAAAAGAGAGGAACUCAAAUCAGGGACACCAGACUACCCAUCAUACCCACCCCUAAGACGGGAGUCUUUUCGGAAGAAAAGUGAAAGCUCAAUCAGGAGCUAUGGAUGGAACAUCCCAGGUGAAGAUGAGAGGAAGGAAAGAGAAGAGAAAGAGAGGGAUGAUGGGGAAGACAGCAGAGGGAAAGAAAGACACCACAAGCGAAGGAACAGCAAGCACUAUCAAAGCUCUAGCAGUAAGCCUUCUUCAUCUGUUAAGUUUUGGGGAGGGGGCAACCCAUCCUCUGACACCAUUCCAUCUGCCUUUCUGCCCUUGUUGCCUGUCUCCUCUAAAAGGAGGAAGAGUAAAAGUUCAGACAGGGAUGCUGUAGGAAUGGAAGGAGAGAGGAGGCCAUUGCUGGGACGGAACGGAAGAGGUGAGAUGCACACCAAGGAGGGGUUGUCCUUCCACGAGUGGGAGUCCGAAGUAGAGCGUGAGGAAGAAGAUUCUGAGCUAGAGAGGAGGAAAGCAGAGCGUGGAAAGAGGCGUAGAGGAGCAAGGACAAUGUCCGAUGAGGAGCGGGAACGUGAUAAGGUAGUCGGGAUAUAUUCUGAUGAUGAUGGUUCUUCAGGAGAGUUUGGUAAGUUUGAGAGGUACUGGGAGGAUCAUGAAGGCAGGGCAGUAGGAGGGAUUGGAGGGGGAGGUUGGUUUUUCAGCACCUACCCCUCCAGGGAUAAAAUCGGCAGCAUCAACAGUAGAGAUGACCUGUUCCUGGAGCGAGGAGAGAGGUGGGGGACGGCAGAAAGUGGAUGGGGGUCUAGUGGAGGUGGCGGUGGUGGAGGAGGAGGAGAUGGAAGAGAGAGAGGGUGGGGAUCGGGAUCACACUGGCCCCCGCCCCCUCUCACGCCACCACCUCCUCGACGAUACUGGUCAGUGGACAAACUCCACAUACAGGAUGAGAAGAAGAGUAAACGCAAGUCAAAGGACAAGGGAAGGGACCACGCAGCUUGUUCCUCCUGUCAUUCCCCCCGACACCAUCCGCACUCCCAUUCCUCCAAAUGGGCCCGCAUAACCUCACGAAGCCAGGAAGAGCUGUACCACCACUGUCAGAGUUUUGGAGGUCCCCUGAAGCCCAAACAUGACUCAUCAUCCUCCUCCAAACCUGAUCGCUCACAAAAUCCAUCCAAAUCUGGCAGCCAGUCAAACCUUAGUAUCCAACAGCGGACACAGAGAACAGAUAGGGAUCGAGAUCGAGGACGGCAACCAUCCCCACCUCCGACACUCAUACCUAACUUGGCACCCCCACUCCCUGCCCUUCCAGCUCCUCCGUCCUCAUCUCACCCUAUCCACAUUCCUCCCCCUACCUCUUCCUCUUCUGUAUCCUCUCCCUCUGUGGUCUCAUCUACCCCAGGAGCACCCCAGCCCUCCUCCAUGGCUUCGGCAAGUGCUAAACUACAGUACCAGAGAUUGCGCUCUGUACCUCAGCCCCAGAGGUUUCCACAGUCUCCUCACUUACCCCUCAAAGCCAAGAGCCUUUGCUCACGAAGGGGCUCAGCCCAUUUCUCCAGCGUGGAGAGUGAGGUCUGACAAGGUAUCAAAAGUCAUAAGAGAGCCCUGCAAGGCUGAUGCUAAGCAGGUGAUCUGGAUCUAAAUCUGUCCAGCAGCAAAGAUGGCUGCGCAGCCAAGUCAGUACAGUAUACGCACUGAGCCCUUUCCUAAAGUUCUGCACAAACAAACAAACAAACCAGAAAGCCAAACAAACCCAGUGGGGUAGGUCAAAGGAAAACAGGAGCAAUCUUGUGCUUACUGUUUCCUUUCAUUCCUCUCAGUAUGUGAAAGACUACAACCACAGCAACCAUUUGCAUUCUGAACUGGGUUAACCAAUACACUAAAAGCAAAUCAGACAUUAAAAGUGGUACAACCGAAGGAGACUCCUUUGCUAUAGACAGUAAAGGGCUUUGGAUGUUGAAGCAGAGCAGUAGUUUGUAUUCUUAAUGCUUACUGAGGGCUCAGGAACUUUGUAGUACUGUAUGCCUGCUGCUCUCGGAAGCCUUUAACACAGAACCGUGUUCUUAUUUUUUUCCCUUAAACAAAUUGCUUACCCCUACUUUCCUUAACAAACUGUUUACACCCCCGCAGAACUGUGAUGCCCUCCCGAGGCACGUUUGUUGUGUAUGAUCAAUACCUUCUUGUUUAGAGGGAGAGGAAGGUGAUAACCACCUUGUCUUCUCUGUGUUAUCCAUGCACCCUCUCUUGUUCUCUUCUCUUUUGUUCUCUCCUAUCUUUUCCCCCUUUUUCUCUCCUCUCACCUCCUCUACCCCCUUAUUUUCUCUUUCUUCUCUCCUCAUCUCUCCUGUCAUCUCCUUGCCUAUCCUCCCCUCUUGGCUCCUCUCCUUGAUGUGAUUAUUAUGUGUGUCUGUGCUUUUCUGUGUUUGUAUUCUUGACAACAGGGUAAGUCAACUGUGACUGAUAUUCUACUGGCUUAAUGAAAAGCUGAGUGCCAAACUUAAGUAGAGCUCGACAUCAAUCUGUACAACGUUAGCUGCUGUGUUUCCUUUUAUCUUGCAGAGUAUUCCAUCAUCUCCCAAAUAUAUGCGCACAUGCAAAUACACAUUCACACACACACAUAAGUACACACAAACACUUUUAUGAGCAAUACAUUAUUCACCAUCUGUUCAUGUUACAAUUUUAUACUUUUAAACCUUUAUUUUACUUCUGUGUUGUAGUUGUUGUUGUUGUUAUUAAUGGUUAUCUAUAUAUCAAAACAUGUAUUAAGUCUAAUACAAUGUAAGCACUGUGCCAUACUACUCAAGCUGCACAUGAAACAUUCUCUCAACUACCUAACUACGACACUGAAGGCAGUGUCUAUUCUCUCCCUGUAUUUGACUGAAUGUAAAGUCAGCCACCAACAAGUGUGCUGCAACAACAAUUAAGACACUUGGAGAUGGAAAUUGUAGCAUUUCUGAUGGUUAGCAUGUGUUGCUAAUUGAAGACAUAUGAAGAGAGUUGACUUCAGUUCAUUGUUGACGUAGCCUGACGUAAGCAACGGUAUGUUACCCUUGCGAGGUAAGUGUAGAUGCGUCAUUGCUUAAAGAUUAGAUCUGCAAUGGGUUACAUUUUCAGAGUUUUACAUUUUUCUUUUUUUUUCCUUCAAGUGGUCCAAUGGGUGCCAAGACUAAAACUAAUCAACCCAGGUUUGCUUUCCAUCAAGCAGGAGAUAUGCUUCCAACAUGCUAGGUGGAGCUACACAGUUUUAUCAGACAAAGUGAAAGAUUGUUGCAGGGAAAUAAAUACUUAUAACCUUAUGCCAAUUGACCGAUCCUCUGCUGUGACCCUUUCCCUCAAUCACCAAUUGCAGCUAGGGCUGAAACCUGUUUGUUGAUUAAUUGAAUAAUCAGGUGACAGAAAAUAAAUCUGCAACUAUUUUGAUAAUCAAUAAUAAUCAUUUGAGUCCAUUUUCAAGCAAAAAUGUCAAACAUUUGCUGCUUUUAAAAUGAUGAUUAGUGAUUAUUUGCUUCAUUUCUUCAUCUUAUAUGACAGUAUACUGAAUAUUUUUGGGCUGUGGUCUGUUGGUCAGACAAAACAUUUGAAUAUGUCACCUUGGGCAUUGGUUGAUUGCGAUUAGCAUGUUUAUUUGAGUUUUUUUUUUUAAAUAUUUUAUAGACAAAACUGUUAAUAGAUUAAUUGAGAAACAACAAAGCUUUUAUUCCAUCUCCAAAGACUAAAUCAAUUUAUCAGUAGAUGUUGCCAUAUUGUUGACUGAAAUUGUCCGACAUAUCAACAGUAACCAAGGGGAGGGUGGUGCUUAGGAUUGGUCAAUUGCUCCUGCCAUAUGUUUUGUGCAAAGUAUGAGUAUAAAGGUAUGUAGUUUAAUCAACAUGACAACCAAGACAGUAUGAUCGGAUGGGAAGGAUUUAGAUUGGUGCGAAAUUAGAUCUAGUGCGAGUGCCGUUUUGAUGUCAAAGAGACUGUGCCUAUGUUGGAUGCUAGCUACCAGAAUAGACAGUUUUGAAGAAGUGCUGGAUCUGAGUGAGGGUGUAUGAAAGACACAGUAGCACCUCCUGUGCAAUCUUGUUUUUUAAAAAGUAUUUCUCACCUUGUAAAUAUGUAACCAAGAGCUAUAGCUUUUUAAUCCAUGACCAAGCUGACACCAGCAGUUACACUCCGAUGUCAAGCACUUAGCUAGAGUUGCUAGUUAUAUCCAUCAACAUUAGAAUUUUGCAUCAGGACACUGGACAUCAGUGGAGUUCUUGUGAAGAGGCAAGAGCCGUUGGCACAACGCCGUUUGUGUUUUUUAGUCGGUCAUAAUGCCUGAGCCAUCUUUCCCAUAACAGUCUGAUCAGCUCUUGUUGUUUGCCUAGAACUGCAUCUGAGCCAUAAUUUACUUCAGCUGAAGAGAACAAAAACAAAGCUUAAGUUUUUAACAUAAACUUGUUGUGUAGAGCUGGUUUGCCUUUCUUUAGGAAAAAUAAUAUCUAUAUAUAUAUAUAUAGAUAUAUAUCUAUAUAUAUAUAUAGAUCAUAUUUAUAUAGAUCAUAUUUAUAUCAUAUAUAUAAAUCAUAUAUCAUAUAUACUUGUGGCGAUGGGUAGUGUUAGAGAAAAUUGUUGUUUAGCAUCUUGACAUUUGGGGAUAUUGUUUCUCAUUCCAAGUCCAUUCAAUAAUAAUAAUAUGAAUAUUAUGUGUUAAAAACACAUAUUCCCUCAUAUUCACUAACAACAUGGAAAUUCUUGUGUUCAAAUUAAAGACUUACUUUCUUCAAAAAAGAUUGACUGUAUUAAGCCAAGUUAGAGGCAGUUGAGUGCUUUGGUUAUUACAAUCAGCAAUCAACAGUUUAUACAAAUUGCAGUGAAACCAGGAAAAGCGUUGAGUAAGUGUGACAUGUUUCUGUGCAUUCACACCGCAAGUAACUCAAGUCUGUUGCCCCAAAUACAAACAAUCUCUCUGACCUAAGAAAACUUAACUUACUUUUGCCAUUAAAAAGUUGGCUGCAGUUAAACAAUUUGGGCUCAUUUGUGUUGCUGUGUGUCAAACCUGUUGCUGAAACUCUACAGCAUCAGUGAGCUAGCAUAAACAGAUAAUUGUACAUUAGUGCAGCACAGCAGCUGCUAGCGGUGUGAACACAAAGCUUGGGUGCUUUAUCAGAGAAAUGAGCCACCGGUCUUUCCUUCUCUCCCCUCGCCUCUUUUUCCUCAUGUCUAUCCAUUGUGUUGGUGCGUGUCUGCAAUUGUAAAGCUGGUCUGUUUUUAAAAAAGAAUAUCUGUGGAUAUAUUUAUUUCAUCUAAAAAAAUAGCAUAUCUAAAUAUAUAUGAUAGUAUAUUUCAAGGCGCUAAGAUCUAUGUUAUAUAAGUUUGUCUACUAAAUUUUCGGUAUUAUCUUAAUGAAUAUGUCUUUUUUGUCUGUUUGUCUGUCUCUCCUUGUCUCAAACCUCCUGCCCAGCUCCCUACCCCCCAGCGAAAACAGAGACCAGUAUGUAACUGUGUUUUUGCUCACUUAAGACCAACCAUCCGCCUCCAUUAGCUAUCUACUGUAGCUAACGCUAAGAUUUCAACAAAGUGACAACGUGGAGGGGUGUGCGAGUGUCUUAUGACCGUGUCACUGUAGCAGUGGUGGCAUGUGUUUGUCUACCCAGAGGGGCCUUUAUUUUUGGUUUGGGCUACAGAUUAACGACUAAUUAAACCUUUUAUGGAUACAGCAGCUUUUACCACAACUCUCACUUGUGUAGGGGUCACAUUCUCGACCUGUUUCAGGUUCACAUCAAGCCCUGGAGUUUAUAUCGCAGUGUAGAGUAAGGUGACCUCUUUGAAACACAAUGUAGCGAGCAGCACAGGCUUUUUUUGCAUCUCUUAGUAGCUGUAUUACUAUACAAAAACAUGCACAGCUACCCCUGCCAACCAACCUAUACGGUAUAUAUAAGGACUUUGAUAUACGUACAUAGUGUGUUGUAUCUGCCAAGCUGCUGUGCUGUAAAACAAAAGCGAAAAAAAAUUGUACACAACAAACACACUGUUUCUUAAUUUUACAAAACUGGUAAAGCUAAUAUGACACAUGUCAGGGGCAGGGCUAAAUCUUAGUGUGGUUUCCACUAAGGCCAAAAAUGGCCAAACCAGGGCUUUCUUUUGAUAAUCACAUCGUCAAACAAAAAAAAAGUCAGUAUCCCCACUUUUUGACAGCAAGAAGGAUUUCCUAAAUGGACAACAAUUAUCCUGCACACGUCAUUGAGUAGAACAUGGAAACAACACUGCCCGAGAGUAGAUCCAUCCUCCUGGCCAACUUACACUUUUACGUGCUUAUGAUACAUUAAUGUAAGUCAGUAUGGUCGAAGGUAAAUCAAUUUUCAACACUGCAUUUAGAAAUAUAUGAAGCAUUUACUGGCCCCGAGCCCUGGCAAGCCCAAUUUUAGCCUCCAGUGGAAACACAUUCACAGUUUCUGCCUGUACACCUCUGAACAAAGGCCUUGUAUUAAUACUGCUGUAUUGACUGACUGUACGAGAUGAUGGCUAGUUGUGCUACACUUUAUUGUCAGCACCUCACACACACACAUACAUGCACACGAGUCCACUCACACACAGACACACACAGGUAAGGUUGGUAAGAUACUGCCACCACUCUGCUUCAGCCACAUCUGCCACCAGUGGGGACAAUGACAAUACAGUGCUGUACUGCAAGCAGGACAGAAAUAAAAAGAUGAUUUUAAUAAAGAACUAAAACAAA